AUGGAAAGUAAAAAUCCCGCGAAAAAAGUUGACGUACUCGAUGCAUUACACUACGUAUCUGCAGCAUGGGAUGAAAUUACGGCUGAUGUCAUUAAAAAUUGUUUUCGAAAAGCAAAAUUUGUUGAGGGUGAUUACAGUGCCGUGGAGAAAAGCAGCGAAGAUGUUCAAGAAUUGGAGGAGUUUCCAGGAUAUGCAGAAAUUGACGAGGACGUCGCCACAAGUAACAUUAGAAGCAUUGACCAGAUAAUUACUGAUAAAAUUGCACCGGCUGAUGUAACUUCUAUAGAUGAAGAAAGCGAAGACGAGGAAGAGGAUGAUACAACACCGAUUCUCCCAGUAGUAAAUGCACUUGAUUAUGUUAAUGAGCUAAGAAGAUUAGUUGCAUCUUUUGACGACGCUGAUGAAUCGUUAAAUCAUCUUAAUAAAAUUGAAAACUUCCUGAAUGCAAAAAACAUAAAAAAUAUGAAACAAAGGAAGAUAGAUGAUUUUUUGAAAUAA